UUGCUCUGUUUCUUCUUUCCUGCAGCUAUCUUUGGUUUCUCUAAUUUCCUCAGAAUCUUGCACAAGUCGUGGCCCUUUUAAUUAGUCUGCUGCUGUUCUUGGCCAUGACUGGCCGUUCAAAUGUUACUUAUUGUUUAUGUAAAGAUGGAGUUGAUGAUCAAAUGCUUCAGAAAACACUGGAUUACGCGUGUGAAGCUGAAGCUGAUUGUUCUGUGAUUCUCCAAAAAAGUGGUUGCUUUAACCCGGACACGGUGAAAGAUCACUGUAUCUACGUCGUCAAUAGCUAUUUCCAGAGGACCGAAACGUCCCCAGUGAGCACCGAAACGUCCCCGUAUCGUUCGGCCGUAUCCUACCACCGUGGCACGUCUCCGUACGUACCCCGACCGUCCCCUUACGUCACCGUGCCAAGAACGUUUCAGGUACUUGAAACGCCCUUCCUCUGCCGUCCCCGUGCAUCAUAGCAACCAACAACGAACCAAAGAAAAAUUAAAGAAAUGGUUAACGACGACAUAGGCUCUUAGUUCCGACGAUCUGGACAACGGAUGAUAGACCCUAUCGAAACGAUCCUCAAUACACCGAGGCAAACAACAUAUCGUGAGAUUAUCCCCAUCAAACGAUCAAUGACAGUGUUAGAUGGUUUUUAAUCCUAGGUGGUUGGAAUUUUUUUUUUAGAUCUGCAACUAUUUGAGUGACUUUUUUGGAAA